CCCAGGCGUUUAUUUCCUGCCCUCGCGCUAGUGGAAGGAGGUAGGAUGGGGUCACAUGGAGCGCCGUGUCUCGCGCAGUCCGGCGCAGCAGGGCUCCGGCCGUGAUGGAGCUGGCGGCAGUUUGCGUUAGAUGGGUUAUUUCACUCGGGUUGUUUAGUCAUCUACACGGAGCUGUUCAUCACGGUUUCAACGGCUCACCAUCGACACUUUAAAGUUCUUUAUUAUUGUUGAAAAGUCUUCAGAGAAAGCAUUUACAAUACUUUAAUAACACAAGCCAGCAUGACGGAGGAGACCCGCGCGGAGCACAGAAGCGACGGCUGCAGGGAUGUGGACACGCAGCUGCGGCUGAGAGCGUGCGUUCUCAGCGAGCUCCUGAAGACGGAGCGCGACUACGUGCGCGCGCUGGAGUUCCUCUCGGUAUUUCUCCAUCGCCUCAACCAGUAUGCCAUGACUAAAAUUGAUAAGAACAUUACAGAAGAGACUGUUAAGGUGCUAUUCUCCAACCUGGAGGAGAUCUUGUGUGUGCACAGGGACUUCCUGGCUAUGGUGGAAGAGUUACUCCACCCUCACCCUAACCAUCACCAUGAAGUGGGGCAUUGCUUCCUGCAUUUUAGAGACAGAUUUCAGAUUUAUGAUGAGUACUGUGGAAACCAUGAGAAGGCCCAGAGACUGCUGUUAGACCUCAACAAGAUCAGGAGUGUUCGCACGUGUCUUCUGAACUGCAUGGUGCUGGGAGGCUGGAAGAACACGGAGGUUCCUCUGGAGGGUUACCUGGUCACUCCAAUCCAGAGGAUCUGCAAGUACCCCCUGUUACUCAGGGAGCUGUUGAAGAGAACUCCUCGGAAGCACCGUGACUUCCCCCUGGUGCAGGAGUCUCUACAGGUGAUGAAGGCUGUGUGCUCCAGCAUCAACGAGACCAAGCGGCAGAUGGAGAGGAUGGAGGUGUUGGAGGAGUGGCAGUCCCAUAUCGAGGGCUGGGAGGGCUCCAGUAUCACGGAUAGCUGCACUGAGAUGUUGACACAAGGUGUGUUGCUGAAAAUCUCUGCCGGCAACAUCCAGGAGCGCGUUUUCUUCCUGUUUGACAACCUGCUGGUGUACUGCAAAAAGAAGAACAGGAGGCUGAAGACGAAUGCAGAGGGCCCACGCUACCUGUUCAGGGGGAGAAUCAACACCGAGGUGAUGGAGGUGGAGAAUAUGGACGAUGGUACAGCCGACUACCACAGCAGUGGCAACAUCGUGAACUAUGGCUGGAAGAUCCACAACACGGCGAAGAACAAGUGGAUUGUGUGCAUGGCCAAGUCAUCGGAGGAGAAACAGGAGUGGCUGGAGGCCAUCCUAAAGGAGCGUGAAAGGAGGAAGACGCUGAGGUUGGGUAUGGAACAGGACACCUGGGUGAUGAUGUCAGAGAAAGGUGAAAAACUCUACAAGCUCAUGAACAAGCAGGGUCACCUUAUUAAGGACCGGAAACGCAAACUCACCACCUUCCCCAAGUGCUUCCUCGGAAGUGAGUUUGUGGCCUGGUUAAUGGAGAUUGGGGAGACGGAUAACCCGGAGGAGGGCGUUCUCCUGGGACAGGCCCUGUUGGAGAACGGCAUCAUCCACCAUGUCGCUGAUAAGCACCAGUUCAGACCAGAGCCCCUGCUGUACCGCUUCCGCUAUGACGAUGGCACAUACCACCCCCGCGGGGACAUGCAAGAUGUCAUCUCCAAGGGUGUGAGGCUCUUCUGUCGACUACACAGCUUGUUCUCACCGGUGAUCAGGGAUAAAGACUACCAUUUAAGAACAUACAAGUCAGUGGUGAUGGCCAACAAACUCAUUGACUGGCUCAUAGCACAGGGUGACUGUCGAACAAGAGAGGAAGCGUUGAACCUGGGGGUGGAGCUGUGUGCCAAUGGGUUCAUGCAUCAUGUGCUGGAGAAGAGCGACUUCAAGGACGAGGCUCUUCUGUUCCGCUUCUUUGCUGAUGAAGAGAUGGAGGGUUCUGACACUAAACACAAACCCAUGAAGCACGACCUGAAGAUCGUGGAAAACAUCAUUGCCAAGUUGCUGCUGAUAAUGCCUGGCGAUGAUGGCUAUGGCUUCACCCUUGAGGACCGUAACAGAGUUCCAAUUGUCAAGUCUGUGAAGAAAGGCUCGAAUGCAGAGACGGCUGGACUGGAGGUGGGGAGGAAGAUCUUCGCCAUCAACGGAGAACUGAUCUUCCUGAGGCCGUUUCAUGAGGUUGAGAGUUUCCUGGCGCAGUGCUCCAACAGCAAGGGUCUGCUUAGGGUCCUGGUCAGCACCAAACCCAGAGAGACUGUGAAUAUCCCGGAUUCGGCAGACGGACUGGGCUUUCAGAUCAGGGGCUUUGGUCCGUCAGUGGUGCACGCAGUCGGCAGAGGCACAGUGGCUGCUGCAGCAGGGCUCCACCCAGGUCAGUGUAUCAUCAAGGUGAACGGCAUCAACGUGAUGAAGGAGACUCACGCCAGCGUGAUCGCACACGUCACCGCCUGCAGGAAGUACUGCAGGCCUGCACAGCAAGACGCCAUAAAGUGGGUCUACAACAAUAUUGAGAGUGCACGAGAAGACCUCGAGAAAACCAACCAGAAGGCCAAUGCAGAGGAGGACGUGUUGGAGUGUAAAGUGGAAGAGGUCAUGGACAAGUUCAACACCAUUGCCAUGAUCGAUGGUAAGAAAGACCACGUGAGUCUGACGGUGGAUAACGUGCACCUGGAGUACGGCGUGGCGUACGAGUACGACAGCACAGCCGGGGUCAAAUGUCAUGUGCUGGAGAAGAUGAUGGAGCCUCGGGGCUUCUUCGGCCUCACGGCACAGAUUCUCGAUGCUCUGGCGCGAAGUGAUGACCAGCUGGUGCAGGCGUGUGCUCAUAUGACCUCCGGCAUGGAGCUUGUUCCUGAUGAUCUGAAGGUCAACUUCAGCGCAGUGUGCGAGGAGAGACUGGAACAUAUCAACCGCCGGGUCACCAACUACAGGAAGUUCUCGCGGGUCCUGAAGAACAGGGCGUGGCCCACCUUCAAGCAGGCCAAGGGCAAGGUGUCACCCCUUCACAGCAGUGACUUCUGCCCCACCAACUGCCACAUCAGUGUGAUGGAGGUGUCCUACCCCAAGACCACUACGUCUCUGGGCAGCGUCUUCGGGGUGCAGCUGGACCACAGGAAGUGCUCAACCCUGGAGAAAGGAAGUUGGAGCGUGGAGCAAGGCCAGCUGGCCCCCAUGGUGUGUGUCCAGCACUGCAUUGCGAGCAUGGCUGCCCCGUCGGGACACAGUCUCAGCCACACGGAGGGUCACGGUCUAUACCUCCUGCUGCGAGAGGAAGACAUUGUUACUGUGGAGACCUACCACAAGCUCCUCCCCAAACUCAACCACCUAGUCACAGAGAUGGAGUGUUUCUCCGGACAGAUUCAUGACUUGCUGUCGUCUGUCACUCACCCCAGCAGCGCGGACAGCAGAGUGGUGGAGGACCUCUUCUCCGCGGACAGCGAGGGUGAGAAGACUGAGCGCACGGGUAGGAGGGUGUGCUUCCACGUGACCAGAGACGAGCAGGAGGACUCUGGACACGACACCAUCAGUAACCGAGACUCCUACAGUGACUGUAACAGCAACCGGAACUCCAUCACGUCCUCCACCAGCGUCUGCAGCAGCCACUGUAGCUCCUACGUCCACAGUGAUGAGAUGGACUCAGGAGAUGAGAUGCCUGCCAGCGUGUGGAUAUCACAUGACAAGCAAAAAAAGCUUCAUGGCUUUCUGGAGCAUCUGUUCAGCCAGGCGGAGUCCCUCACAAGCCUCCUGAAGGAGGCUCCACUCUCUCACGCCUUUGAGCAGACACAGUGCUUCAGUCCAGGACGCAACCUACAAGGGUUUCUCCAGGACCUGGAGCUCAGACUGAAUUGUACCAAGAACCUCCGUCUUCAUGUCAAGCAGGACCCAUGGAACCUACCCAGCAGUGUAGAGACACUCACACACAGCGUCACCAAGAUCAUGGAAGAGUUGAAAACAAGGCUACUGUUGGUCUUACUCCAGUACACAGACUCGGAGGUCCAGGUGCGGAGGGAUAUGGUGUUCAGUCAGAGCCUGGUGGGUGUGGUCAGCUGUUUCUCUGAGCAGCUCCUGGCUGCACUCACCCAGACUCAGAGUGGGGACGCCGAGGUGCAGGACAGGAGCCAACGCUGGCUGGAGCAGAUCUGUGCCGCGGGACUGCUGCUACACUUCCAGUCUCUCCUCUCACCUAACCUGACGGAUGAACAGGUCAUGCUGGAAGACACCCAGGUGGCUCUGCUGGACCUGGAGAAGGUGACCUUCUACUUCAGAGAGCGCCAUGGGGAACCUCUUGUCGCCAACAUGCCUAUCACCUACCAGGUGGAGGGAACCAGACAGGCUCUGAAGGUUUGCUUCCACCUGGAGGGAUUCUACUUCCAACAGCUGCCCCAAAGACUCAGACAUGGAAGUGGCUUCAAGAUCUACCCUGUCCUCUUCACUCAAGCCCUGGAGGAAAUGGAGGGCUAUUACUACAGAGAUAGUAUCUCUGUGGAGGAGCACCAAGCCCACAUCAAUGCCACCUCCCUGGACAAGGUCAAGCAGUACAACAAGAGACUCAGGGCCUUUUACCUGGACAAGUCCAACGUGACCCCAAACUCAACAACCAAACCAGCUUUCAUAGACAAGCUCCUGCGCCCUCUGCACGCGCUGGACGAGCUCUACAGGUUGAUGGAGAGCUUCGUCUCAUGUGGACAAACAGCGGCGUCUCCAUUCUCUGCGUCUGGGGCGUCUGGGGUGGGUCUGCUCACUGUGGCCUCUGAACUCUGCAGCUCCCUCGGAGCCUGUCACAUCGUCCUGUGUAACAGCGGAGUACACCGCUGCACCCUGAGCGUGACUCUGGAGCAGGCCAUCCUGCUGGCUCGGAGUUACGGACUUCCCGCUCGCUGCAUCAUGCAAGCCACAGAUGUAAUGAGGAAGCAGGGGGCCAGAGUGCAGAAUUCAGCCAAGAACUUGGGAGUCAGAGACCGCACACCAACUUCAGUGCCAAGACUGUACAAACUGUGCCAGCCUCCACCUCCAGAUGGUGACCCCUGAGCCAGCCGACCCUGAGCUACUGUGGUUCAGCUUCUUCCAGACACAACACGCAUACAGACACACACACACACACACACACAUAAACACAAACAUGCACACAAUGUGCACAUACACACAAACACACACAUGCCUCCCUUCACUGUGGAGGGAUUUCCAGUGUACAUACACAGUUUGGUUUUAUUCUUGUUGUUGUUAUUGUAGCUGUUGUUGUUUGUUCUGCUGCAGAACUACAUCUCAUUUGAGAACAAACGGAUCCAAACAACAUGUGUUUGUCUCUGGGCUGCUGUCCACUCCUGAACAAGUGAUGUCAGUCAGACUUUACACCUCAAAUACACCUCACAUGUAAGCGAUGUUUGAAAUGAGGUCUCUGUAGCACCCACAGGAAACAUUCACCUUUCUCCAUUAUUAUUUUGAGAUGUACACAAGGAAGACAAAGAAGACAUGCAUAUUCUCUUUGGCUGAAAUAUUCUGCAAUCAUUUUACAUUUUUUAAAAAGAUGGAUCAAUGUAUAGUCUUGUUUGAUAUUUUCUUAAAUCUCUGAGUGUUUAAAACAUUGAAGAGAGCUGCAUUAAGCUAAAUAUUACUCAGUGGAUAACUGAUAACAAAACUGUACUGGAACGUUUCCUUGUAAAGGUUUUCUUAUGACCUAGCUGACACCAUCAGUGUUACUGUCUUACAAACAUUGCACAUGGACGCCUCUGGGUCCUCAGUGGAAAUAUCCCAUCCUCAGGAGUCAUUCUGUAUCAUGUUUUAUCUCAGUGUUACUUAACGUGGUGGUGACGAGUACUGGAGUUAUUUCUAUGCAAAAGUGAGGAGAUGUGUCUCCUGUAAAUCUUAUUUUGUGAGAAAUAAAAGCAAGCCCAAGUA